GAGAGAGAGGUGGGGAAAUGAGUCCAAAAAAUUAUUCGGAAAAGAAAAACAGCUUUCGGAGAGCACUUUGAUAAGAAAAGCGAUAAGCUUUACUUUUUAUUCUCUUUCUCUCCCUAAUCCAAAGCCCCUCCGCUAUAAAAAGGUUAAAGAGGAAGUAGAAAAAAAAAUACGAUACCAACAAUUGAAACGUUUCUCCCUCUCUCUCUCUCUCUCUCUCUCUCUCUCUCUGUUGCUUCUUUGAAUCUUUGAUUGAUCUGCCAUUUCUGUCUUUUGCUUCUGAUUGGUCUCUGCUUCACCGGACGUACUUUCAAUGGUUGUCUUAAAGACCAUGGGAAUCUGGUCUCUAUGAGACUAUGAUUGCCUUUAAGCAUUCGUCUUUGGGCUCUUUAAUGGAGUCUUUGUCCUAGAGAUCUGUGUCUGUAAUUCUUUAGUUCUUUUAACCUUUUUGGAGGGGAGGGAAGGAACAAGGAGAGUAGAGGCUUUUUAAUUGCAUGCGGAGAUGCAGGAGGUGGAGUCCGAAACCGCGUUGUCUGUGGAUCUUCAGGUUCCUGUGGUGCCAGCAGUUGAUACGCGGGGCAAGCAUCGGAUUCUCGCCGAAUUGAAGCGGCUUGAGCAGGAAACUAGAUUCUUAGAGCAAGAGCUGGAAGACCUUGAGAAAACAGAUAAAGUAUCAGCCGCAUGCCAGGAAUUGCUGCUCAACGUAGGAACCAGACCGGAUCCGCUAUUGCCGGAAACUACUGGCCCCACCAACCCAACCUGGGAUAGAUGGUUUGAAGGCCCACAAGAAUCACAAGGUUGCAGAUGCUGGAUACUCUGAAAGCUCAUUUUGAAUUUUGUAGUUAUUGCGAGUUUUGAAAGGAUAUUUUUUCGCAUUACUUGAUUUGUGUCAAAUGUUGGAUAAAAAUACCCAUGGGGUAAGAAAUGAAAAUCUUUUCUUGUUUUGAAGCCAAUCAAAGCGAAAAUACAUUCUGUA